CAAAAUUGGACUUUGUUUUUUUAAUUUCGUCCAAAUCUAUUUAACUCCACCAAAUUUUCCAAAAUUGCUUCACUCAACCAAAUCGAUCUAAACAUGGAAAUCAAAAUCCUAAUUUCCUCAAUUCUCUUCAUUAUUAUCUCUCUCAGAUUCUUGAUCCGAAAAAUCAUACGAAAGCCAAAUCUUCCUCCGAGUCCGGCAUGGUCGUUACCGGUGAUUGGUCAUCUCCGUCUCCUCAAACCACCGAUUUAUCGCACUUUCCUUUCACUUUCUCAAUCCCUAAACGAUGCUCCGAUCUUCUCCCUCCGACUCGGUAACCGACUCGUUUUCGUGAACUCAUCACACUCGAUAGCCGAGGAAUGUUUCACCAAAAACGACGUCGUACUCGCGAACCGGCCAAACUUCAUCCUCGCUAAACACGUCGCUUACGAUUACACAACCAUGAUCGCAGCUUCUUACGGUGACCACUGGCGUAACCUCCGCCGCAUCGGCUCCGUCGAAAUAUUCUCCAAUCACCGGCUUAACAGCUUUCUAUCUGUUCGUAAAGACGAGAUCCGGCGACUUGUGUUUCGUCUUUCUCGGAACUUUUCACAAGAGUUUGUGAAGGUGGAGAUGAAAUCGAUGUUAUCUGACUUAACAUUCAACAACAUUAUAAGAAUGGUGGCGGGAAAACGUUAUUACGGAGACGGUGUUGAGGAUGAUCCGGAGGCUAAACGAGUCCGGCAGCUUAUUGCGGAUGUGGUAGCUUCUGCUGGUGCCGGAAACGCUGUUGAUUAUUUACCGAUUUUGCGGUUAGUCUCAGAUUACGAGACACGGGUUAAGAAGUUGGCGGGUAGGCUCGACGAGUUCUUGCAAGGAUUGGUUGAUGAGAAACGAGAAGCUAAGGAGAAAGGAAACACCAUGAUCGAUCACUUGCUUACUCUCCAAGAAUCCCAACCGGAUUACUUCACUGAUCGUAUCAUCAAAGGAAACAUGCUUGCUUUGAUACUAGCAGGGACCGACACAUCAGCGGUUACGUUAGAAUGGGCAUUGUCAAACAUGUUGAACCAUCCGGAGGUACUGAACAAGGCGAGAGAUGAAAUCGAUAGAAAGAUAGGUUUAGACAGGCUUAUGGACGAAUCAGACAUCUCAAAUCUGCCUUAUCUCCAAAACAUUGUGUCUGAAACGUUGCGCCUUUAUCCUGCGGUUCCCAUGCUUCUUCCUCACGUUGCCUCGGAGGAUUGUAAAGUUGCAGGAUAUGAUAUGCCGCGUGGCACGAUGCUAUUGACCAAUGCAUGGGCUAUACACAGAGAUCCUCGGCUAUGGGAUGAUCCAAUGAGCUUCAAGCCAGAGAGGUUUGAGAAAGAAGGAGAGGCUCAGAAGCUAAUGCCGUUUGGGUUAGGAAGAAGGGCGUGUCCUGGUUCUGGACUGGCUCAUCGGUUAAUAAACCUGACUAUUGGAUCAUUGAUUCAGUGUUUGGAAUGGAAGAGGAUUGGAGAAGAAGAAGUGGAUAUGAGUGAAGGCAAAGGAGUUACAAUGCCUAAAGCCGUGCCUCUCGAAGCCAUGUGCAGAGCACGUGCAUCUGUUGUUAAAAUCUUCAACGAGGCCGCUUGACUUUUAGACUUUUAAUGUCUAUAUAUAUACUUUAGAUAACGACUUAAUGUUUGUAUGUUUUUUUUUUUUUUUUUUUUUGUGAAAAAGUUAUGUUGUAAGUUGUAUGAAAAUAUUGUGGAACAAGCAAAGAUGCCAAAUAGUGAGAAUUGUAAGUGAAGUCUUUGUUUUA